CUGGAGCAGAGGACGCAGUGUCUCCGCCGCCAUUGAAGCUUCGUGUGUCUCGGGGACGAACCCACGUCCAUUCAUCCAGAUUCUUGUUUCCCGUGGACCGCAGCGAUGGUGUCUCACUCCCUGGCGCUGCCGAUGAUCUGCUUCACCACCCUGUGGGGGCUGGUGGGGGUCGUGGCCCCGUUCCUGGUGCCCAAAGGACCCAACCGGGGCGUCAUCGUCACCAGUCUCAUCCUCACAGCCGUCUGCUGCUACCUGUUCUGGUUGAUCGCCAUCUUGGCUCAGACCAACCCUCUGUUCGGCCCUCAGCUGAAGAAUGAAACGAUUUGGUAUCUGCGCUACUUCUGGGAGUAAAGGUCUGUGCGAUGCGACGCCUCCCAUCGUUCCUCACAACCCUCCUCUAGUUUGGUGGAUUUGAUUUCAACAUGACUCCGGAACAUUCAAAACUCCACUGCACAUCUCCGGUCUGCAAAACCGACGACAGAUUUCUUAUGUCGCAGCAUUUUUUUGUAAAACUCGAAUUUCAGCAUCAGGCGUCAACCUUGAGGAAUAUUAAGUAUAUGUGUAGCAUGUGUAAUUUCAGAUUCAGGCCACAUCCAAACUACUUUGUUUUUGUCUGACAACACAUCAUCUCUGUGACAGAGACGUCUGGUGUCCACGCGUUGUUUGGAAACGAUUACGUUGACACUCACGACCUCUCGCUGAUUCAGUCGCAACGCAGCCUUCGCUGAUUCGUCAGGCUUCUAUCACAUGACGCCCGUCCGUAAGAAACCAACCGGCAUCCGCCUCGGUGCGUCGCUGACAUUGUUGUCUUUGCUCACAGCCGUUGAUUGAGUGGUCAUGUGAUCUGCGUUUACAGGCGAGUUAGUUUAAACCCGAAAAAGCGCUCGUGUGGACGGAGAUUGUUUUCUGAAAACUCAGUAUUUUGGAUGUUGCCUCAGAGUUUAGUGGGACACAUGUUGUGUGUUUUUAAACAAGGUUGCACUUGAAUUCAUCUCGUGAGCUCAUGACGGGAUUCGUGAGCGUGAGUGAACACUGGUUUUCUUUUCAUGACGUCAUCCGUCAGUUAUCUAUCUGAAAUGUGCGAUCCCUAAACAUCCUGUGUUUUUGUUUACAUUUUUACGGUUUUGUGUCGCCGCCGUCAGGGAACAUGAACUUCUGAGUGUUUGUAUUUAUUUUGGCCGCCGGACGCUGACGGGAGCUGCAAUUACCUCAGUGUCGGCGCGGCCGUGUUAGAUGAUUGUUAUUAUUUGUGACGUAAUGUGUGUGUGGGUGUGUGUGUGUGUGUGUGUGGGGGUUGCUAGGCCCGCCGCAGUGAGAAUCUCUUUUAAAAAAACUUUUUAGAACGUGAAGAGCGGUUCCCUCCUCUUUUGACCACUUCAGCACGUAACCCCCACAUUCCCCUCAUGCUCCACACCGCGGAGGUCCUCGUUGCCAUGGUGAUCUCAUCGCACAAUUCAUUCCCGCUCCCCCUCGACCCCCCCCAGGGUUUUUUUGUGAUGAACUCCUGCCUGUUCUCGUGUGCACAGAUGUGCUGUGGGUUGAACCGGGUCGCACUGCAGGGACACGUUUUUCGAGCGAUGCUGCCAAUAGAUUUAACGACAUGUCCAAUAUCUUAUUUUUGAUUUCAUACCACAUUUCAAGCCCCCCCCCUGCCGGCCUUUCAAGCAGCAGCUUCACCAAAUCCCUCGUUUAAACUUGGCCUAAUGAAUUCUUUUGGGGGUUGGCCGCUCGUCGAGGCACAGUGCCCCCUCACGUCUUUUCAGCCGCAGAGGAGCAACGAGAAAAGAUUCUUUUAGAAGUGUUCACAAAGCAGCGAGAAAGAACUGUACAAAAAAACACCUUUUGGAAUCCGCUGAAUCAGCCGUUAAUCAGCAGCUUCGUGGUUCUGAGUGAUGACGACGCUUUCGAGUUUGAUCCUACGGCCGCGAAACAGCACAUUUGAUGUUCCCUCCUGAUUUUCUGUAUAUUUUAUUUAACGUUUGCCUUGAAUAAGAUGCUGGUGUGUGACACACCUGCCUCCUCAGCUGCCGCCAUCACCACAACUGCACCUGCCUCCCUCCCUCGCCCCAUCUCCAACCCUGAGAAUCCCUUCCUCUCUCCUUCCUUCCUUCCUUCCUUCCUUCCUUCCUUCCUUCCUUCCUUCCUUGACACUGUCCCUCCCCUUCUUCCAAACCACUUUGCUUCAGCCAAAAAGAAAAAAGAAUCAAAGCCAAUAUACAGCUACUUUUUAGAAAGACCAAAUUGCGUUGUAUCUUUUCCUCCAGCCCUCUUUGGUAGUUGUGGUGGUGGCGUGCAUGUGGAAGUGAACACACAGGAGGGUUUACAUCAGUGUGCUGUACAGUCCGUUACUAAGAGAUGACCCGCAUCAAAUAGGGCGUGACCCCAUCUGAUCGUAUCUGUAAAUAAAGAUGGACGACACCUUCCGUGGCUCCACUUUCUGAUCACGACUGCGCAGAGUGAAAGAUGGCAGUGCCCGAAUUCUGAUGGACUCCACUUCCUCCCACUGUUCAGAAAUGAAGCCAAACUAUCCCGGAUGCGAGCGCCGCCAUCUUACGCAACUGGAGUCUGCAGUACGGCAUCGAACUCAUCAGAAACAUGAACAUUUGAACAAACGUCUGUUUAUUUUAGUUUUUUGGUUUGGUCCAUGUCCUGUGGAUGGGGGCGAUUGAGACGCUUUCGAUGGGCCGACAUGUCGUCCAUCUUUAUUUACAGUCUAGGGAAUGCUGACUUCGACGCGUGUAAACAAGAAGCUCAGUUACUGGACACGAGCGUUUUGGCGAGACGUUAACCUGCAGGGAUAGAAAUGACGGCGUUGGUGGAGAGUCAAAACGCGUCCGACCCCGGGUCCAGUGACCCACGGCUCACCCUGCGUGGUUCCUCCUGAGCAUCAGGUCAGACGGCGGUUUGCUUUCACCUCGUUUCCUCCUGUCAGGCUUUCAAACCAUCAACUGCCGGUGGUCACAUGAACCCACAGAAACCCUUAUGUGUUGAGGUUUGUCUCCUAUUUGAAUCACAAGCCGGGUCCAGAGGGACAGAGUCACACUGUCGGUGGAGCAGUGAAAACUCCCGACUGGACAUGAACCCGUCCGAACACGUUGGGUGUGAACCCGCUGUGAAAAUGUGAUGAUUUUCUUUACCGUUCCUGGUUCUUUUGGAAACCAGCUGCUGUUUUAUUGGUUAAAUUAUUCCUGGCAACGUAGAUGGAGAGAGAUUUGUGUGUGUGUGUGUGUGUGUGUGUGUGUGUUCAGCGUCACCAUGGUAACAAAAAUCCACUAAAUCACAGAUCUAAUUGUUGGUGCAGAUGAGUUCCUACAUGUGACCUUGUAUUAGCGUGAAGUGCUUCUGUGUGAGUGGCAUCGUAUGUGAAACACCCAAUAAAAGACACUAUAUGUCUCA